UGUUCAGCGCCUUUAGUAGCAGAAGAACUAGAGUAGCGAACGAGCUGUUUGUCCUGUUGGAGUUCCGGGUUCCUGUCUUCUAUUUUUGCUUUGUAGUCCUCAUCUUACGUUGUAGGCAAAAAAGUAACUUUGGCAAACUUCAAGCAAUCAUGGCUCUUUUAAUGGAGCACCAGUUCCGGCAACUUCCAUCCGACAAACAAGUGGAAACUCGGCCGUUUCUUGAGGCGGUGUCUCAUCUUCCUCCUUUCUUCGAUUGCCUCGGUUCUGCAGUUUUCUCCCCCAUCAAGGCUGAUAUUGCGGGUAACAUAACUAAAAUCAAGGCUGUAUAUGACAGUAACCCCACCCGGUUUAAAACCCUGCAGCAGAUUUUGGAAGCAGAGAAGGAGAUGCAUGGAGCUGAGUGGCCAAAAGUAGGAGCAACACUUGCCCUCAUGUGGCUAAAAAGGGGGCUUCGCUUUAUCCAGGUUCUUCUCCAGAGUCUAGUGGAUGGAGAAAAGGAUGAAAACAACCCAAACCUCAUCAAAGUCAACAUCACCAAAGCUUAUGAAAUGGCUUUGAAAAAGUAUCAUGGCUGGUUUGUCCAGAAACUCUUUACAGCAGCACUGUAUGCAGCUCCGUACAGAUCAGAUUUCCUCAAAGCUCUAUCUAAAGGGCGAGAGGUUAAGGAGGAAGAAUGCUUGGAUAAAGUACGGCAGUUCCUGGUUAACUUCACAGCUACUAAUGACGCCAUUUAUGAAAUGUACACCAGGAUGAAUGCAGAGCUGGACUACACUGUGUGAUCUCUCGUUUUACAAAUGAGCAAACUCUAAACCUUAUCUUCUGGUCUCCCAGCGGAUCACUGUUGCCUCCCAUUAGACAAAUCUGUCUCCUCAUUGGAUGUUUCUUCUCUCCUACUGGAUCCUGCAUCUCUGCAGUGUUUGGUUUUGCUUUCCCUUGGGGGACAAUUAGGGUCCAGGCUACUGAAGACUCUAGGGAGGUUUUUUUAGUCUGUCAUUGUUUGUACUGUUGUUAUCUUUGGGUGAUGACUGUUUAAAUGCUUUUGCCUUUCUUUAGAAGAAUGGUGUUCUUAAAAUCAACUUGUUUGCAACUUGUUUAGUAUAUUUCACUAAUAAGAAUUUGAUUCUGCUUUAUUUUUACUACACAUGCACUUCAAGGACGUGUGUAAUGGUUGUGUAUGUGUUCCUUUAUCCAAAUGAAAGUUGUAAUUGUACCAAAUUAUGUUUCUAACCUCUGCAUUCUCUUUAACCAAAUAUCUGGCAUUGACCACAUUGCUGUAAUUUUUUACUUUGGCUUUGUUUUAUGGAGAGAAAAAAAUAAUACUUGUAUUUGAACAAUUGUUUAACAUAAAAUGUAAAGAAAGGAUGGAGCCACUCUAUUUAGUGGUAAAAUGUAAAGAGUAAAUAUAAAUAUAUGUAUCUGUACCUGGUUCAGUUCUUCAAGACAUUUAAUGCUGAAAUGACUAAGAAUCCUCAUAUACUUAUGUCACAUGUCACUUAUGACUCUGUUUUCUGCUCCCUAACAUCAUUGUUUUUCAAAGUUUGCAGAACUAUAUGUUUUCAAAGGUCUCAGCUUUAGAGGAAAUGCUGUUCCAGUGUGGAAAAGAGGCACAAAAGUAGCUAAAUCAAUGCGUUUUCAUCCAAAAAUGUGUUCUAUUUAUGUAAUGUAAUGUAAUUGAGUAUUGUUGGUUUGAAUUUUUUAAUUUCCUAUAUAAUCAAAGGCUAUAAUUAUACAAACUGUCUAGAAAUCUAUGAAAAUGUAUUUAAUUUAUUUUUUAUUCUAAUUGACUGCUUCUUUCUCUGAAAUUCUCUGACCCUGCUGAGAACUACUGUUAUGAAAAACACUGAAAAUCAACAUUAGUUCUCUAACAAUGUCAUACAUUUCAGUUUUGUCACAGCUGUAACCAUUGUAGCAGCGAUGUUUCAUAGCAACUGGACAUUAUCUGGAGAUGCUAUUUUAACCAAAGGACUUUUCCUGGUUUUUGUUUUGUUUUGUCAGAAGACUUGACCUCAGUGAAAGUUAAUUUAUUUGACUCUAUCAUAUUUAUGUGUAGUCUUUUUACAAUCUAAUUAAAACCACAUCCUUG